ACCAGCAGCCGCCUGGUCCUUAGCCGUCCCUGUUGUGAAGCGCGGUAGCAGGCGCUUUGGGGAGGGGGGAGGAAAAGGAACCGGAGGAGCGAGGGUGCGGGAGGAGGAAGAUGGCGGAGCCGGGGCCAGCGCGGACGUCUCCCUCGUACCCCCGGGCGUCAGCUGUGGAUGGAUUUCUGAAAACUGAUGAAAGGCAAAGACUAGCCAGAGAAAGAAGAGAAGAAAGGGAAAAAUAUCUUGCUGCAAGAGAACAACAAAUCUUAGAAAAAGAAAGGAGAGCAAAGCUUCAGUAUGAAAAGCAGAUAGAAGAACGAUGGAGGAAGCUGGAGGAACAGAGACAGAGAGAAGAGCAAAAAAGAGCCGCCGUUGAAGAAAAAAGAAGACAGAAACUUAGAGAAGAAGAGGAACGAUUAGAAGCUAUGAUGCGGCGGUCCAUGGAACGAAGUCAGCAGCUCGAGCAGAAACAGAAGAGAUGGUCAUGGGGAGGAGCACUGGCUGCAGGCUCAGGAGACAGAGAUGGUGAAUCCGAAAAUACCCCACCGCCUCUAGGUUUAGCUGCCAACACCCUUCCAGAUUCUGCAGCCUCAACUGCUGCUGCUGAUCCCUCCAAUGCAUGUGACAAACUUUCAGUCUCUACAAUGAAUCUUCCAAAGCAAAUGGAGUCACCUAUCAAUAAACGCCUCUCCUCCUCCACAGCAACAAUAACAUAUUCCCCUGACAGAGACAGAGCUCAUCGCAUGCACCUUAGUCCAAUGGAAAACUUUAUUAUUUCUCGACUAUUGACUCCCACACAAGCUUCUUUAGCCAGAAGCAGAAGUACAUUAAUGCUUUCUGAGCCAUACAAUGACCCAGUAUUCCAUAUCUGUCCUCGUGUAGCGCCAGCUAGCCCCCUCAAGUCCCCUUACAAGCCUUCCCCCACUCGAAGUAUGGAGAAAAAGAAGGCAGCUUCUGCUUCCACCUCAGAUGCAAUGAAGGGAGCGACUGCAGCUGACGUGUCACAGAAUGAGAAGAAAAAGAAAGAAAAACGGCCCACGACACCUGGCACAUCAUCUGGUUUGGGAUCUCCUCUCCGAAGAUCUGAUUCUCCUGCAACCCUGUCUAAACGAUCAGCUUCACCAGCAACUCCUAAGACAAUAACAAAGACCUAUCCUCAGUCUCCUAAAACUCCUAAACAGUAUCCAGCUUCUCCUGUCAAGCAUCGCACCACUUCAAAUCUCAAUCAAGAAACACCCAAAAAAAGGGUAGAAAAACAUAAAGAUAACCAGAGGGAGAAUACUAACCAGAAACCUCAAGCAUCACCUGCUGAAGAGACUGUAACCCAGCCUACUGUGGAAAAGUCAGUGCUUUCUUCAGGGAAAACUGAAAGCAGUGAAGGGAAAUCUGCAGCAGGAACGACUGAUGCUGAGGAAGCGACAAGAAUUCUAGCAGAGAAGAGACGUCAGGCUCGUCUCCAGAAAGAACAGGAGGAAAAAGAAAGACAGGAGAGAGAAGAACGUGAAAGGCUAGAGAGAGAGGAGCUGAAAAGAAAGGCAGAAGAAGAGAGGGCUCGGAUAGAGGAGGAGGCCCGUAAAAAAGAGGAAAAAAGACAGCGUGAAGAGGAAGAAGCUAGGAAAAGAGCAGAAGAGGAGGCUAAAAGAAGAGCUGAAGAAGAAUGUAUGCUAAGGAACGAGCAAGAAAAGAAACUGCAAGCUAUGAUUGAAUCACAAAAAGAAGCAGCAGAAGCAAAGGCCCGGGAGGCGGCUGAACAUCUGCGACUAGAAAGAGAACAAAUUAUGCAGCAGAUUGAGCAGGAAAGACUGGAGCGAAAGAAGAGAAUAGAUGAAAUAAUGAAAAGGACAAGAAAAAGCGAGACACUGGAGGUCAAGAAAGAAGACACCAAAGCAGAUGUGCCAUCAACUCUAAAUAUGGACAGCCAGCCAAAACCAUUUGACAUCAGUCAAGCAGAAAUGAAUGGCCUUGCAAACUGCAAAGAGGAUAAAGGCCUACCAAGUGCUGUGCCCGAUUCCUUCCCUCGGGAUGUCUUUUCUAAUGGAUUUAAGCCAUUCAUGGGCCUUAUUCAACUGGAUGCAGUGGAUGGAAAAUCUAACAGUAUGGAUGAUUCAACAGAUGAAGUGCAGUCUAUGGACGUGAGCCCUGCUUCGAAAGAAGAACUCAUAUCCAUCCCUGAGUUCUCACCAUUAAAUGAAAUGAUGCCUGGUGUUUCUUUGGACCAGAAUGGCUCAAACAAUGGGAAAGCUCUUGAAGAACUACUAGAUUUUACUGGCCAAGCCACUUACCCCAAAUUAUCAAGUGAAAGUAUUAGCAUAGAUGAUUGUAAUAAAAACUUAAUUGAUGGAUUUAAUAGUCCUGGGCAGGAGACAACUCUCAACACCUUUUGUUGACAAACACACUGGUACUCAGCAAUAAGAGGACAUUGGAAGUACAGAACACUUUCACUGCUAUUGUCAGAAAAAUAAGAGCUUGCUGCAGUCCGCAACACUGGAAAUCAUGUCAGUCUGCACUGAACGUACUGUCUUCCCAUGUGCAUUGUUGAGAAAGUAAUCGUUUUGGCCAAGAGGAAAAUCUUCAACUUUGACUGGUUUCAGGGAACAUUGUUGUUGUUGUUUUCUGUUGGUUUGUUUAGAAUUUAAAUUACUAGGAAAACAUGGAUAUUAAAUAUAUGCCGUUGGGCUUCAGAUGAGUCCAUUCAUUUAUUGUGAAAUCCUUUUAAUUUUAUCACUGAAUUUCAGGAUAUUUUUUGUAAACCAACAUUAGAAUGAAAUAUAGUUCCUUUCUUUGCCAUAUGCCUACCUUUUUGGUUUGUUUUUAUCUGGGGAAAGUCUUGUUUUUAAUACAUUUAUUAUAGACAUUUUGUUGCAUAUUUAUAACUGAGAAGGCUUGAAAAAUAUGCAAUUGCUGGAAUCUCAGAGGUUAUCUUGCAGACAGUGGAACAUUAAGGUUAUCUCUCAUUAAAAUAUGGUACAUAGCAAGUCUUUUUUAAUUUGUGUUAUUUUUAUCUGUUGUUAGCUUAGAUGGCACAAAGGGGGUUUUCCACUAAUAUAAUGCUUAAAGGAAUUAGUAAGAUAUUACAAAGGGUCUUUAAAGUGUAUUUAAUUUUAACUGUUUAUGAAAAAAGACCUAUACCUUUAAUUAUGUGUAUCAUAUUAUUGUAUAAGCAAAUGUAUAAUGGAGUCCAUGCUGAUGAUAUGUUAAAUGUUCAAGAUAUAGCAUCUGUUAUCAAUAUCUGCCCGCCUUCACUGAUAGGGUUCUAACAGCCUACAGCUCAGCAUCAUAUAAUCAAAAGUAAAUAAUAUACAGUAUAUAGACAUGGGCAACAAAAUACUAUAAUACAUAAUCAUGAAUGGUGAAAGUUGUAUUCAUAAAACACAAUAGUCUAUAAGCAUCUCAAUCGAUAAACAUGUUUAUGAAGAAAGUUCUUAUUAAGAAUGUGUACACAUUCUAUAAUCUAUAAAAAGGGAAUGCUCCAGCCCAAUUAAACAUUUUAUGAUUUAUUGAUUUCUGUUGGAAAGUCAAGCACUUGACUUAGAUUUUUUUUAAUUUGAAAUCAGUGGAAUUUUAAAGUGUUCUACUAAGCCCAGACUAUGCACAAAGAAUUUCAAUAUGUUGUGAACAGAAACUUCUGUGCUCCCGAAAGGACAAUUUUGUCCAUUCUUUACAACAAUUCUGUUGAAGCUAAGAAGACUAGAUACUUUUAUAUGUAGGGGUGUAUUAAGACGUAAUGUAGCUCUGUUCAUGUGACUCUCAAAAUGGCCCCUUUUGAAGAAUAUAAGUAGUAAAUGAAACUAAGUGGUGGUAUACACAAAUGCUUACAAUAUUUAUGUUGUAUUUCAGCAAAAAUUACUCCCUUGGUGGCUGUGCAGUGUGUUGUAGCAUGGGUACAGUGUCUUCCAAGUUAAUUCUUCAAUUUCUCUCCUAAAUAAUAAAAAAUUACACUGAUAACAUAUGGUUGCAAUACUGUAGUAAUGAUGUUUUGGGUCUGUUUGUUUUUGUAAAAUCAAGUAGCAUGUUUGAUUAUAUACCACACUUUGAUUAUGGCAUAUAACUAAAGAUACACUCCCCACCAUGCAGGUGUAUAUUGCAGUGUUUUCUCAGGUAGUCAUAAGAAUGUGGAACCUUCUGUUUGAACAAUUGAGAAUUCAAAGUUUAAUAUUAACUAUAUAAAUGGUUCCUUAAAUUACACACACCUGAAAAUAUGAUUAUGCCAAAUGCAAAUUGUUGAUACUUAAAUAUACUUUUCCUUUACGUCCUUAUUUCCCUCUCCUUUCUUUUCCUGGUUUUUAAAGUAUCACAUUCACAUCCCUACAGUCUACUGUAUUUUCAUUAUAAUUCCAAGCUACAGUACUUUUCAGCAAAAUCUUGUGUGAAUAAGGGCUACAAAUCUGUAACAGUACAGCAGGAAUACCUUUUGUGCCAACUACAUGCAACCACAAGUAGUGGAGCAAUUAAAAGAUGAAUCUGUAUAUAAUGUCAAAAACACCAACAAUGAAAUACAUAUGUACUAAAAAUGUAGUUAUGUUUUCCAGUACUGGUGCUUCUUGCCAUCUUCUGACUAAAGGAAUCAAAAACUGUAAUUUCUGGUAGUUUUAAGAGUGUGGUUUGCAUGUGGUGUAACAGCAGAAGAAAUAGAUUUGAUAUUUUGCUUGCUUCAACUGUGUAAGUACAAAAACUAGGCUAAAAAGUACAUGGGAUAAUAAUGUUAUAAUGAGCUGCGAAACAAUUUGAGGUAGUAGGAUCAAAAUAGUGGAUUUGUCCUUUGUAUAGUGAUGAACAUGCCGGUUUUGCAAGUACAGUAGUAGCUGUAUUGCUAAGGGUCUACACUAGGACUCCAAAGAGGUACUAUAGGUCUUGCUUUACCCACCUCUGCAUUGUACAGAUGAUACAAUCCUUCAAAUACUUGAGAAGGUAGACAAAGAAAUAAAGAAAAUUGCUGCAGUUUCAGCCAUUGCUGAUAUGUUGGUUAACAAUGCUUUACGAUUUUUAAAGAUUCAUGGAAUGCAUUGGGUUGCAGAUUUUAUUACAGUAAUAGUUUUUAAUUCAAGAAGCCUUAAGAAAGGCAGGCACUAUCCUGGAAGACAAAUUCCUCGAUUUCUCUUACACAGAAGAUCCCUCUUCUGAAAUAUCCUGUUGUGACAUAUACAUGUUCUGUCUUGCAUAAUAAAGAUUUUUUUCUUCUUCUGAACAUUGGCUUAUUA